AUGGAGGAGGGGCAGGAGGGUGUGAGGGAAGCCGUGCUUGAGGAGUUGGCCCGGCUAGGAGUGCAGGAUGUGAGAAAUACAAGCGAAGCAGGAGGAAAGAAGAGCCAUUAUGGAAGUAAAUUUCAUGUCAGUCUCCACCACUCCUCGACGGCAUCUGCCAAGACUGCCAAGGGGAAGCCAAGGGGAAAGAGGAGUCCAGGCAGGUCUGUGACAUCCAAGAGUCCCAUGAAAGCGCGAGAUGAGAGGAAACACACCCCGAAGUCGCCGUUCUCCAGUGCCAAGAGAAGGGCUGAGGUGCGGCGCCUCAACAAUGCCAACAAGGAGAAUAAGGUGUUUGGGCAAGGGCUGAGUCAGGUGCCACAAGUGUGUGUUCUUUUGAAUGGUGGAGGUGAGCAGGUGAAGGUGCCCCAGCUUAUGGUUGACCUCUGUAAUCACAUCCGUCGCAACAUAACCACUGAGGGAAUCUUCCGUAAGGCUGGAUCAGCUCAUCGCCAGAAUGACCUCAAGAAAUUAUUGGAUGGGGGAAGCAGUCUGCCGUCAAGUGUGCAUGUCAUUGACUGUGCCUGCCUCCUGAAGCAGUACCUCCGCUGCUUGCCAGAACCUCUACUCUUCUCUGAGGUGCAUGCCAGGGUGGUGGCCAGCAUGGAACUGGAAUCAGAGACUCGUGUAGAAGCUAUGGCACUGAGCAUUCUACUUCUGCCUCGAACACACAUUGACACACUGCUCUAUCUCAUAGAUUUUUUCUCAGAGGUUGUAGAGGCCAGUGAUAGCAACAAAAUGGAUGCAAGGAACUUGGCAAUUGUUCUGGCUCCUAACCUUUUGCCACCCACCCUGUCCCAUCCCCCUGCCCUUCGUCGGAAGUCUUCAUCCUUCCCUGACUCCACUUCAGAGGACACAAUGCUCACCAAAAACAUAGAAAUCCUGCAGCUGCUAAUUGAAAAUGCUGCUACUGUUUGCCGAAUGCCCAGCUAUGUGGUGGAGACACUAGAACCACGUCAUCGCAGUCAGUCUACUGAGGACCUCAUUGCCAGCACUGUACAACCACUGUCAUCUUCCAGCAGCAGGCAGGCACAGCAGCAGCCCUUGGCCCCAAACAAGAAGAAGCGCCGUAGUGCUUCCAUUCACCGAUUAAUGACUGGAUUUCGGCGAGUAGUGGGCCAGAGCCGCCCUGAUCCGGCUUCUCCAGCAGAUGACCCAGCCAGUUUGGAUGCAUAUCCAGGGAUAGCCCUCUCCCCUCUCACUUCUUUGGGCAAUCCUACUCCAAGGAAACGAAAGUCAGCUGAUGCCCAUAACUUAGGAAUUGUGGAAUUCAGGGAGCAGGCUGAGCCUUCCCAGGUCUCUCCACCUACUUGCAAGAAAGCCAAGCUUGAGGGUGAUGCUGCUACUAAGCCUUCUGUCCCAUCUAGCAUACCUUUUCCUUACAGUGCUUCCUCUGUAAAGCGAACAGAAGGUGUGGGCAGAACUAAGACCAGUUCUGAAGAAGUCUUGCCAAAGAGCCCUUGGACCAGCUUGCACUCCAUUAUGCCACCCAGCAGCAGCAGAGGCAGGAGAAGUGUGGACUCCUUGUACCCUCCUACAGCAUGCAGUCCAUUCCAUCCAAUACACAGUGCACAAUCCCAGAUGGCAGCUACACCUUCUUUACUAGUUCCUCCUAGUACACCCCUCCUGAAGAGAAGAAGCUUUGACCUUCCCCUAAGAAGUGGGGGAGUCAAGAGAACAAACACCUGCGAGGCAGGUGGUCAGGCCACCCGAAGGAGGAGUAGCAGUAAGGCCCUCAAUGAGCCUGAUGGUGCAGAGUCAUGGACCCCUGGGCCCCGUGGUGUGCCUGAUGGGGCAGAAUGCACUCUUCGUAGUCAGCCCAGUACUGCCCUACAGGCUUUGGAGCAGCAGUAUGAUGACAUAAAGAGUGUGGUGCGUAGGGAAGAAGAACAGCUAGAACAAAGUGCAGUGCAUCAUAUGAGGGCUGCCCUAUUCCCCAACAUCUCAACCAGCAGCCAGAAUCUGAGCUGUUCUGAGAUGAUCCAGAGUGCUUAUGAACGCAUGAAGGUUGAAACAGAAGGCCAGCUAGUCACCCCCGGACCCUCAGACUCACUAUCCCGAAGGUUAGACCGUGAAUUGAAGAUAAGAAACAGGCGCAGUGGUGGGGAACACAGAGUUAUCCGGUCUCCCAGUGAACGUAGAAUUGGCACUAUCCGACGGAGGUCAAAGGAAAGUGUGCAAAACACUGCAAAAAAUCUUAUUACUGCUGAGGAGAUUGGUUCCCCAGCACCUACUCCUACCACCUUCUUCCAAACUCCCAAGAUGAAGGCUGCACUACUAAGCACCCCAGCUUCUACUUCCCUUCGCAGAGGCCGCCCUAACUCUGUUAAAUCCGGUUUGCCCAUGGUGGUACGUUCCUCUGCUGGCAGCAGCCUCUCUCCAGGGAUCCAGGUUGACAAUAGUACACCAGCGUCAAACACCAGCCGCAUGGUGGUGGUCAGCAGGCGGGGAGAAGACAGUAGUACUCCCCAGGAGAGGUCACUAAAGAAAAACAAAAAGAAACAAUCUCUUGAAAGUGAUAGGAAGAUUACAGGAGUUAAAGCAUCCCCAAACCAUUACCAGCGUCAUCAUAGUGCCAUUGGCAGGUCACCCUCAGAUGCUAUGGAAAGUGACCCCAACAGAAGGGAAGAGGAUCUGUCAAGCAGCUUCCUGGAGGAGGUGAUGGGCCCCAUGACUCGCAGACGGUCCAGUCGCCUCUCUCUCACCUCCUCUCUCCCUAAGCUGAAGCUUUCACCUUCUCCCCAGUCAGGUCGGGCAAGCCCAGAAGAAGAUUGGGUAUGUGCUCCAGAAUACCUCAAGGCCGAGAGUGGGGAGUGUGGUGAGGGAGUGGUAGGACGGCCUUCACUGGCUGCAUUGGUCAAACAAAAGAAAGUUAGCUCCACCCUCCAGCUGUUUAAUAAUCUUCAGCCAAACUCCCCAUACACUUCAUGCUCCUCAGCCAAUAGACAGCAGCAGCGUGGCCGAGCAUCACGACUUACUCCCCGCAUCACCAUGACUCCCCGUGACCUCCUCAAGGUUAGAGUGCCACCCUCUCCAACUCCAACCAGAAUAGCAGUUGUUGCCCCUCUGAGGGAGAGCAGACUCAUCAACAUCCAACAAGAGCCUUACAAAUCAAAGACUCUUCGAGGAUGUCCAUCUCUCCUUCCUCACCAAGACUCAAAUAACCCGCCAAAGUUACCUCCUCGUGGAGCAGUCAGGCCUUCCCCAGUGAGAAUGCAAUAUAGAUAA